UCUCUCUCUCUCUCUCUCUCUUUUCGAUAAUGGCGGCUUCCUUCUACCAUGCUUAGAUGUUUCAAAUUAAUCGGCGGACUCAACGAAUUCAGGGUCUUGAAGGUCAGGGGAUUCAUUCAAGUAGCAAUAAUUAGUUUCUUCCAUAUAGCACUUUGGGACCACUCAGUUGUUAAGACAUGCAAACACCUAAAUCAGGGUGCAAAACCAGUUCUUUUGGAGCAUCUCAAAUAAUUUCUCCAAAAUCUAUCACUUGUGAGGCGUCUCACAAGAAUUCACCUCGAGCUUCUUCAUGUGAGGCAUCCAAUAAAAGUUCGCCACGUGUGGCGCGUGAAGUCAAGAUAAGUCCAAGAUAUGCCGAACCCACCGCAUCCUCUUGCAACCUAGCAAGUAGGCCACCAAAAGAAGGAAGUCCUAAAGUUCCCAUUCAUAGAUCACCUCGAAGCCUACUCACUGAGAGUAAGGGUCCAACUCGAGCUGCCGAACUCGAGUCUAAGAUUUCUCUACUCGAACACGAGCUUAAAAACACCAAGGAUCAAUUAUUCUCUUCUGAAAAAUCCAAGAACCAAGCUCAGAAAGAUGCAGCAGAAUCCCGCCAACUCCUCUUAGCCCUGUCUGUCAAGCUCAAACAGUACCAAAAUCAAAUUCGCAAUCAAUCAUCGUCUACCGAGACAGUAGAUAAUCCGUCAUGUCUAUCUGAAAACUCAGAUGACUCAUUCUCAUUAGCCUUUGCAUUGAAUGAGAUCCAACGCCUUGAAGCGCGGCUCGAAGUAGUAACCGGGCCUGAGCCUGCAAAUACCGAGCUCUGUAAAAUGGAGGGUAUGAAGAGUGAAUUAAUGAACUCCACAAAAUCCGAGUCUCAGGCCAAGGCGCUCGUCCACGAAACCCUAAUGCAGCUCGAGACAGCUAAAAAGACAGUCGAGACACUUAAAUCGGACGAAUGCAAAGCUAAAGAAAAUCAGAAUGCCGGGGCCCUUGAGAUCGAACGGUUGACGGCUCACAUGAACUUUCUAGAAGAACUCGUGAGCAAACUCGAAGCAGAGAAGAAAAGGGACGACAUAUCUAUUGAGAUGGAUUUGAAUUCCAUGAAACUCGAGGCGGAAAGGAUAAAACGUGAAUCGGGCCGGAGGGAGGCCGAGCUGGAGGCUGGGCUGCGUAAAUCGAGAUACGAAAUUGAGGAGAUGAAGGGAAACAUAAUGGAGAAAGAAAAUGAAAUACAGAGCAUGUGUGAGGAGAAUGAUGGCCUUGUAAUGCAGCUUGAGGAUUUAAAUACGAAGUUGAAGGAUAAGGAGAGUGAGUGCGUGAUUUUAGCGGAUGAGAACGAAAAAUUGAAAUCAGAAAUGAAGGAGAUCAUGGUGAAGAUUGGAAUUUUGACCGAAGAAGUUGAUAAGAGCAAUAAAAAGGUUGCACGAGUGUUCGAGCAACUGGAAGCAGCCCAAAAGGCGAAUAUCGAGAUGGAAGGAGAGUUUAGGAGGCUGAAAGUGCAGUGUGAUCAAUGGAGGAAGGCUGCUGAGGUGGCAGCUGCAAUGGUUUCGGGAGGGUAUAACGGGCAAUUGGUUGUGGAAAGAACUGAGUCCAUGGACAGCAGCUACAUUUCACCUGAUUUUUUUUAUGGUGAUGAUUUUGUGAAGAAGAAGAAGAAUGGCAAUAUGAUGAGCAGGUUUGGGGUUUUGUGGAGGAAACCCCAUAAGUAAAGGACAUGGAGUUGGUGCUUUGUUGUUAGCUAGGCUGUUAGUUGAAUCUGGCUCCUUUUUGUUUAUGUAUGGGUCUGCUAAGGUUGUAUUUGUGAUACUGAUUGUUUAUGGGACAAUGUUUUGUGCUGGAAUGACCCGCUGCUGAUGUUUAUGAUAUUAUGUUGCCUGUUUUGGAAAGGAUGGGAUAAUAUAUAAUUGUAAGAACUAAUGAUUAGACUACUACCCGCGGGUAAAUAAAAAUAAAAAUAAAUAAA